AUGCCCGACAGAAGCAUGGUGAUUAACUUGUUGAACCAAGUGCUCCUUUUGCUCAAAGAUGCCACAGCCACUUGUGAGAUUCAAGUCCAAUCAGCUCAAUUAUUUAAAUGGAGGGAUGUCUCUGUCUCUCCCUCCGGUAUAAUACAGCUCGAGUUCUCUGAGAUGGCAAUCGUCGUCAAUGAUCCUGGAGAGAUACCUUGGCUCCUGAGCAAUCAAAUUUCAUAUUACUUAUGGAACACAAUACCCCUCCCAGUAUCUGUCAUCCCAACGUUGCUCGUGUAUGAUUACAUACUGUGCCUUGAUCACGAGGUUGAGUUGAUUUGGAGACACAAGCUAUCAUGGAUGUCGUUCGCAUACACGUUUCUGCGGUACACGGGUAUGAUAUGGGCUGUCUCACCAAUCUUCACCAGGGGUAGUAUGUUCCAAACAAAGUUAACUUGGCUCGCGGACAGGCGUAAGCAGCUAUGCACAUAUAAAACGAUCUUGACAACUAAUGUUCUGUCUGACAUCACGCUGGAAAAAUACAGCUGUAAUGCACUUGAAAUUAUAAUGGAGAAUUUGCUGAAUAAUGCAGCGGUGUUAGUUCUGCAAGUCGUUAUGGAAGUACAGAGAGUACAGGAAGCAAACUUAUUCUUUGGGGAUAAGCAGUAUAGUUGGCUUGCUAGUUCAGCACAGCUUCCUAUACUUCCUCGGACUUUCCUUGAAGCAUUUGCUCUCAGCAACUUGUACACUUUUUCCACCCAACUUGCUCCGUGCUUGAUGGGACCCUGGCUCAUUCUAUCAUUGCGCAAAUGCCACAGGGAGAAAGUGCGACAAGAAUCAAACAAUGGAGGGGCGAUCAUAAGCUCUGUUGCCUUUGCAGGUCAGCCGACGACUAUGGAUGAGAGUGAAGGUGCCGGAGACAGAGGCUCCAAGAAGUCGCUUGAUUGGGGAAAGUUAGGAUGAUAUUGUGAGCAAUGUUGUACCAUGACAUCUAAUUCCCCGGGAUAAGGUC